UCAGUACGAAAAAUGAAGUUUCGCUCGUCGUCGUUGGUAGUGACUAGGUGGAGUACGGCUGCGCUGCUAGUGCUAGGUUUUGCAUGGAUGCGCCUUGCCACCGGACAAGAUCUAAGCGAUCCUGACCUGCAGUCCAUGCUGGUAGAAUAUGAAACCGAGCACAUGGUGGAGAGCUAUCGCUUCAAAUAUGCAACGGCAGAUGGUCAGUUUCGAGAGGAAACAGGAAUGCUGAUGAAUCCCGGCACGCCAGACGAGGAACUGGUGGUGGUGGGAAUGUACGGCUACGAGACGGAUGACGGGACCGAGGUAAUGGUGAUGUACGUCAGUGGGAAGAAUGGAUACCGAGCGAAGACAAAAACACGCAAACUGGCCGAGUCAGAACGAAAGAAAAAGUUGCUGUCGUCGCUGGUGGGAUGAGUUCUCUACAGCCAAAGGCAGAAUGUGAAUGGUGCUUGUGAUUUUUUUUUAUUGCAAUUUGCAUCCAAUAAAACCAGUAUUCAAUUAUCCGACCA